AGUCUCCAUACUCUCUCUCUAGGUUUUGUCUGUUCAUGCUUUUCUUCUCUCUCUCUCUGUUAUCAGUUCUUCACACUCUUGUUCCCUUCUCCCUCUACAAGAAUCCCUCGCUUUCUCCCCCAUCUCCAUCUACAGUAUCCUCCUUUCUCUGCUCUCCCGAGCUUUGCUCGAAGAAUUUCUUAAAAAAAAAAACAAAAAAAAAAAACACACCCAGAACCAUCCGUCUCUCUCUUUCUCUCUCUAUCCAGUGACUUUGAGAGAAUAAUAUAUAGUUGGAACGACUUUCGUCUUCUUCCUCUCCACCGUCCGUCGUCUUUUCUUUCUCUCUCUAUAUUAAUCUCACCCGAUCCAUGGAUUUCAUUUCUUCUUAUUUCGUAUAUCUCACAGAUCUGUAAAGCUGAUUCUCCCUAGCCUCAUCUAGAAGACUUUUUUUCUUCAUCCGUCUAUAAUCGCUCAUCUAGCACGAUCUCUUUUUUCUUCAGCUAAUUGAAUCAUGUGCAGUGGACCUGAGCCAUCGAAUUCCACAUCAACAAUGGAAAAUGAUAAGUGUGAGAAAGAUAUGGAUCAUCUGCUGAAUGCUAAUCAGGAUAAUAUUUUUGCAAGUUUACUUGAGCUUGCUGCUGACAAUGACUUUGAAGCUUUCAAACAUCUCAUAGAGCAGGAUGCUUCUGUUGCUGUUAAUAAGAUAGGGCCAUGGUAUAGCCGCAGGAAGGGAUCUAAACAAAUAUCUCUGGAGCAUAGGACCCCUUUGAUGAUUGCUGCGACUUACGGUAGUCUUGAUGUUGUGAGAUUAAUACUCUCAGUUCCAAAUAUUGAUGUGAACCUAUCAUGCGGCCUUGACAGAACCACUGCCCUUCACUGUGCAGCCUCAGGAGGUUCAACUAAUGCUCUUGAUGUUGUAAAGCUGCUUGUAUCUUCUGGUGCUGAUCCCACUAGCAUUGAUGCUAGUGGUCUGCGCCCAUUUGAUGUAAUUGUUGCCCCUCCGAAAAAUCCCGAAUCGAGAACUGCCCUUGAGGAAAUCCUUUCAAAUAAUGUUUCUGAUAGUUCUCUUGGAAACUACUUUGGCUUAUCUGUGGCUACUUCAACAACUCUAUCUUCAUCUCCUAGAAAUGGGUCUCCUGGUUCACCUUCAGAUUCCGUGUUGUUGUCGCCAACAGCAUUGAAGCUCAGUGAAAAGAAAGAGUAUCCCAUUGAUCCAUCUCUACCUGACAUUAAAUAUGGCAUCUAUUCAACUGAUGAAUUCCGCAUGUAUUCGUUUAAGAUCAGGCCAUGCUCCAGGGCUUACUCUCACGAUUGGACUGAAUGCCCUUUUGUUCACCCGGGAGAGAAUGCUCGAAGGAGAGAUCCAAGGAAGUUUCACUACAGCUGUGUUCCAUGCCCUGAUUUUCGGAAAGGCGCUUGCAAGAGAGGAGAUAUGUGUGAAUAUGCACAUGGAGUGUUUGAAUGUUGGCUACACCCAGCUCAGUAUCGAACUCGACUUUGCAAAGAUGGCACUGGUUGUGCUAGACGGGUAUGCUUUUUUGCUCAUAAACCUGAUGAGCUUCGUCCUUUGUAUCUUUCAACCGGUUCUGGUGUUUCAUCGCCUAGGUCAAAUGCGGCUUCUGCUAGCCCAAUGGACAUGGCAGUUGCUCUAGGGCUUCUGCCUGGCUCUCCCUCUUCCAUGAUGUCUUUCAAUCAACAACCCAUGUCUCCAACUGGUGUUGGAAAUGGAUUUCCAUGGCCUCAACAACAGCAGAACGUUCCUCCACCACUUAAUCUGGCCGGGAGCAAUCUCCAGUCGAGUCGGUUGAGGUCUUCGUUCAGUGCGAGAGAUAUUCUUCCUGAAGAAAUGAACAUGUUUCCAGAACUGGAAGGUCAAAUGAUGAAUGAUUUGAGUUGCUUGUCUCGUGAAUCCCGUCCAAGACCGGGUUUGAACCAUAUGGGACUGUCGAAGAUGCUGAGUCCUUCUAAUCUCGACGAGCUAUUCUCCGCGGAGAUGUCGUCGCCUCGUUACUCUGAUCAGCAGUCGGUCUUUUCGCCUUCGCACAGAUCAGCCGCUCUGGCUCAGUUCCAGCAGCAGCAGCAGAACAUGCUGUCGCCUAUCAAUACUAACAACAACAACGGGUUCUCCCCGAAAAACAUUGUUGAUCAUCCUAGUCUGUAUCAGUCGUAUGCUGUAUCGUCUCCAAGAUCAAUGACAUCUCCAAGAAGCAUGGAUCCAAUAUCUCCAAUGGGCUCCCGCCUUUCCGCGUUUGCUCAGAGGGAAAACCAGCAGCAGCAGCAGAUUCGAUCUCCUGGUAGUAAUAAUAAUAACAAUAACAUGUUGAUGUCAAAAUGGGGUUCCCCGAGUGGGAAAGUGGACUGGUCAUUAACUGAAGCAGAUCUGGGAAGGAUGCAAAGAAUGCCAUCAUCUAAGAAUGAUGAGCCGGAUUUGUCGUGGGUACAGACACUUGUGAAGGAGUCGCCUCCGCCUGAGAUGAAGGAAAAAGUGGUGGCAGUUGUACCGAAUUCUGGUGGGACUGUGACAUCAUCAUCCGGUGGUGAGGGGUCUCUGAAAAGCACUAACAACAACAACAACAGUACUAACAAUCAAAAUGAAUCUAUUGAUCACUCGGUUUUAGGUGCUUGGCUGGAGCAGAUGCAGCUGGAUCAGCAGCAGCAGCUGGUGGCCUAGUUAAGGUUACUUACUACUAUAUUGGUUUCUGUUCUUUGCUUUGCCUUGCUAAUAUUAUUUUGACUUUUGGAGAGAAAUAUUCAUCUGGUGUUGAGAUGAUGAUGAUGAUGAAGAAGAUGAUUAUGAAGAAGGAAGGAAGGAAGGAAGAAAGUGUUCUUGAUUUAGUUAUAUUCUUUUUGUUUUGUUUUGUAUUGUUUUUUGGGUUAAUUAUAAUUUGAUUACAGAGGAGACAUGCAUCAGAAAAUGAAGUUGCCUAUAACUAACUGGGUGGUGGUUGGUUGUUCUUCUCUCAGUCCAGUUUUUUUGGUACUUUGUGUUCAUGGAUGGGGGUUCGGUCUUAGGAGAGAAGACUACAUGAAACUCUGAGCUUUACUCAGAUGACAAUUGCUAAAUUAUUGUUAUUAAUUAUUAUUAUUAUUAUUAUUAUUAUUAUUACUAUUAAUUGUUGUUUCAUGUCUUACAAACAACAACAGCAUCAAGACAUGUGAGAAUUGCUUGUUCUUUUGUAUUCUUGAACUUAGCAAGGACAAGAGAAACUCUCAUUAUUAUUAAAUUUCAUCUUUUUUCUAAUA